CUCCGUCUAGUGCAAGGGCAUCACCUCUCUCUCUCUCUCUCUCAAGGAGCAAACCCUCUGUAGCCCAACGCAUGCUUACCCUGCCUUAGGAAGAGUGUUCACAGAGUGUGUGUUCUUCUGAAUCCAGCCUUUGGCUCUGUGUGAGGUAGGUCCUUCCCUUCCUUCGUUACUGCCUCUCUCCUACCAGUGCUGCUCGUUUUGCCGCCUCGGCCUUGCCCUUGCCUUUUACCCCUCCGCCUCUCGCGCCGCUGGUUCGUCUCUUCUGUCUCUGAAGUUCGGUGAUUGCCCUCCUCCCCUCGUUUCUAGUGUCCGUCGCUGCACUCCCGUCUCAAGGUGUUGUAUUGCUGGUGAUUUGAAGGUGUUGACGGGGAUGGUCGCCUAACCCGGGCGUCUGAACAUCCUUGUCCCGUAGGCCCCAAGCAAUCAAGAUGAAGGAAGCGAAGGGCAAGAAAGGAGUCGGUGCGGUCGCGAAGAGGGACGUGAAGGAGAAGGUGACGAAGGUGCAGGAUAAGGACAUCAAGAAGAGGAAAGGGCCCGUGAAGGAGCCGAAGGGUAGGAAGGCGAAGUCGGCCAAGAAAGCGAAGGACCCGAAUGCCCCGAAGCGACCGGCGACGGCUUUCUUCAUUUUCUUGAACGAGUUCAGGGAAGUGUUCAAGAAGGAGAACCCGAACGUGAAGGGUGUGGCAGCAGUGGGAAAGGCGGGUGGAGAGAAAUGGAAGUCGAUGUCGGAAGCGGAGAAGCAGCCUUACAUGCAGAAAGCGGUGCAGAAGAAGUCGGAGUAUGACAAGACGCUAUCUGCGUACAACAAGAAGCAGGAUGACGACGAGGAGGAUGAGGAGGUGGAGGCUGAGGAGUCCGACAAGUCGAAGUCAGAGAUCAACGACGACGAGGAAGACGAGGAGGAGGACGAGGACCUGGAGGAUUGAGUGAUUGGGGGCAGGCGUUGGUAGUAAAGAAUUAUGGCUGUCGUUGAAGAGGAGGAGGAGGAGGAUCGCAGGCGUGUGGCUAAGGGCUGUCGAAACAAGCUGGUGGAGGUGUCUGUCAGUGAUACGUAGGGUUUGAAUGGGAGGUAGAUGGGUUGGAGGUGGCUGGUUUUGGGAUGGGGAUGGAGGAAGGGUGGGAAGUAGGAUUUGUGGGAGAUUUAUUUUGCUGGCAGACUGGUUUUUGUAAAUGUGAGGGAGAGCUUGUGGGUGUUUUAGCAGCGGGUGGUCAGUUGUGAGGGGCGGUGGUUGAAUAGGGGGAGGGGAGGGAUUGGUGUGGGUUGUCGAGGUGAGGGGCAGGAAAAGAGUGGUAGCAGGAAUGCGCAUGCGCAGGUGUGGGAUGUUCACCUGAAUGUUGAUUACAAGCUCUCGUUCGUUAUGUAAAAUUCUGAACAUGAUCAUUUGUAGGA